AAGAACAGGCCUUUUAUGUCACUCUCGUAUCUCUCUCAUUCCAACGCAGCAGGACCUGAAUCCACGAUGAGCGAGAAAAACAUUAAUUCUGCUUUAGUGCGGAGGGUCAAUAAAUUAUUGGAAUCGAGGGUAGAACAUGAUAAGGAUACAUUGGAAGCUCUGAAGGAAUUGUCAACGUUCUUCACUGAAAAUACAUUAAAUUCUCGUCGUAAUUUACGUAGUAAGAUAGAAAGGAGAAGUUUAGCGAUAAAUGAAGAUUUUCUGGUUGCUUUUAAGGAGGUGAAGGCUUCUUUGGAUGAUGUUUAUCAAGAUGUUCUAGCCAUGAACACAGCGGUACAGUCUAUGACCAAUCGCUUACAAGUUACAAAAGCUCAAACAUCCCAACUCAUAGAACACACAGGAAAACUUCAGAAUGAAAAUCAAAUGUUAUCCAUGCAACAGGAAGUUGCAAGUGCAUUUAUUAAGAACUUUCAUCUAACUUCUUCCGAAUUGGCUGUUUUGCAUGGGUCGGCUAGAGAGUCUCCUAUAACAGAGGAAUUUUUCUCUGUAGUUAAUAAAGUGCAGGAUAUUCAUAGUAAAUGUAGAGUGCUGAUGCAGUCUGGAUAUCAGACAUUGGCUUUGGAUAUAAUGCAAAGAAUGACACUGUUGCAAGAAGCUGCACUGGAGAGACUGUACCGAUGGACACAGACCCAAUGCAAGAACAUAGAAAACGAACGUUUGGCACCAUUACUUAUUAAGGCUAUGAGUAAAUUGCAGGAUAGGCCAGUGUUAUUUAAAUAUAUUUUAGAUGAAUAUUGUGCAGCCAGGAGAACUGCUCUAGUAGGAUCUUUUAUAGACGCGUUAACAUUGGGAGAAGGUUUCGGUGGAACCCCCAAUCCUAUAGAGAUGCAUGCCAAUGAUCCCAAGCGAUACGUUGGCGAUAUGCUCGCGUGGUUGCAUCAAGCGAUUCCCGUAGAGAAGGAGAACAUCCUCACUUUAGUAAAAAGCUGUGACAAGACUGAUGUGUCGGACCAAGUUAAGCAGGCGUUGAGUAACAUCACCGAGAGUUUAUGCCAUCCCUUGAAGUCACGAAUAGAACACGUAAUAUCCACAGAAGCGCCAGCAACAGUAUUGUACUCCGUCACAACUCUGAUUCGAUUUUACCGUGCUAUCAUCGAACAAGUGAUACCCGACAGUGUCCUAGAUCUUACUCUCUCAGAUUUGCUGGCUCAGAGUGAAAAGAGUUUUCUGAGCAGACUCCAAAGAGAAACGAGGAUUGCUCUCGGCGAGCGCGCGGAGCCUCCGGGAAAUGACUUGGUACCUGCUCCAUCUGUCUCAAGAUUACUGUCGCUUCUAAACGAGAUAUUGUCUGUAGCUAGCAUCGCCGAAGAUAGAGAGAAGGAUAUGCUGCAAAUCGUGUCGUGCAUCAUUGAUCCGUUACUCCAAGAAGUCAACGAGACGGCGGCCAGGUUACCAACAGUGGACAUGGCCGUCUAUCUCCUUAAUUGCAUGCAUCAAAUACAAUCAACUCUGGCGUUGUACGAAUACAUGGACCAGAGAUUAGAAAGGUUACAGGCACAAUCGGACGCGCAAAUCGACACACUUACGUCAGAACAAGCUAGUUCCUUGGUGGCGCACUUGAAUUUGGGCUCGAUUUAUACCAUCUUACAAGGACGUGAGCAGGGACCACUGUCAUCCAUACCCGGUAUGGACGCUCUUAGCGUGAAGGAAUUCACUAACAAACUGGAGGCAUUCCUAGUGAUGCCGGAUGUUCUGCUAUUGCCACAGAUUAGCUUACUGCAGAGUAACAAUCAUCGUUUAGUUACUCAGAGAAGAUCGUUCGAAGUGAUUGGAGCCAUAUAUAGGCAGUUGUAUGACGCUUGUCACGAUCCGAAGAACUUGUAUCAAAACGCCGGCAGUCUCUUUUCCAGAACGCCCGAGGAACUGCUGAAUAUGCUGAUUUCGGAAUAAUCUCAUGUUCCACGGACUUCCA